AUGCCACUGGCUAUUCAAGUGUGGCUAUAUGAGUAUUGUUCAAAUGUCCCACCAAAGAUUGCAUUGAAGGUUGAGAAUCGGAUUUCCCGAUUAUUAAAUUGUAAGACGAUUGCACCUCGUCCACGGUAUGAGUUUUUGAUGAAUGUUAUGUUCAAGGACAAUGGCAAGGUUGUAUUUAAGAACAUAGAGCCAACUGAAAUGGAACUGGCAAAGCUUGAAAUACCACAGAAGUAUGUAACUGAAGAUGAACGUUCAGUUGAUUCUGACGAUGACUUCCAGGAUCCACCACCAAAGAAGAUCAACGAAUGUUCAAAGAAGAAACAGAAAGUGGAUUCAUCAACUCCAGUAGCGAAGAAAUCUUCAGGGGAAAAGGUUAUUUUUCCUCAGGUACAGUCAAAGACAGAUAGUCAUAUAGAGGAAGUAGCCGUGUCAAAGCGUGAGAGUCAUAUUGAGAAAGAAACAUUUAUUUCUAAGAAUGUUUUUGAUGUAUUCUGCGAAGAGGUUCGUCAAGAGUUUAAAGGAGUUCGCGAAGAGUUUACUCGAAUUCGUCAAUUAGUGAAGAAAAAGUUCAAAAAAAUGGUCAAAGCAAUUGAACAUAGCAAGCAACAACAUGAAGAUAUAGAGGUUGAAGCACAACAGAUGGUUUAUGAUGGUGUCGAAACAUCACCACAACAAUUCAGUCCUACUGUUGAUCAGAAUUUGGAUGAGAAUCAGGAUGGUACAAAGGGGUGCACUGAUUUGGAUGCAAAUAAAACAAACAUUGAAAUUGAUUAUCAACAUUUAAUCCCUGAUGAGCUUCUCCAAAGUAUAAAUUUGGAUUAUAAUCUUUCUGAGAAGAUUGUUUAUCACGAUGAUCGAAUCACUAAUGAGAAAUUGGAUGAUACAAAUUUGUCUGAUUCGCAGUUUACAAUCCCAGAUGAUUUGUUACCAAGUCUUAAUGCAUACCGAAGAGAAAGCAUCACGAGACAUCUAUUGACAACGUCUAAAGAAGAACAAAUUGAUGAACAUUUUAAUGAUAAAAAGUCCGAAUCUGUUGUUCAAGAUCAUUGUCAGGAAAACAAAGAGAACGUUGGAUCAAGAUCUAAAGCAGACCUGCAUGGAGAGGUUGAUCUUGAUGAAACAAUUUUGCCUGAUUCACAAGACACAAUCCCUGAUGACUUGCUUCCCAGUUUGAAUGUAUACAGUAGUAAAAGCAUCAUUGUUCAUCCCUCUGCUAAUCGUGAACUUCAAACUCCUAUUCCUAAGUUAAGGAUUCGGCGACUAUCCAAAUUCAAAGAGUCACCUUACACGAUGAAAUUUGGUUCAGCUGCCGAGAGCUCGGAAGGACACAUACGUAUAUUCCCACAGAAACAUCCAUUUGUUUAUCAUCCGAUUGAUGGAAUUGUGGAUACGAAGAUUGUCAACAAGUUCAUGGAUUGGAUUUCUGAAGACCUUCUCAAAGUUCAUGCUAAAAGGCAUGUGGCACAUCUUAAUGAAUACAUAAAUGGGUUCCGUAUGCAUGCUGCUGAAUCAUCUGGUCAUUAUUCGGCUGUUCUUGAUGUCAUUGAGAAAUUAGCUGCGAUUAUUCCAUUGUGUCUCGAAUAUUGUGAUUUCUACGUUAAGAAAAGAAUUCAUGUUGAAAAUCAUCCAAGAUACAAAGACAAAGACUCCUCAGAUAUGUUUGAUGUGUUAUUUCAAGAGAGUUUGCCUCAACAACCAAGCGAAAGCUUGGAUUGUGGUGUCUAUAUGGUUACAGAUGCGGAGUGUCUUUCUUAUGGUCACAAAAUUCUUGCGAAUGAGUUCGACCCCAAUGCACUCCGUACAAGAUAUGCUGCACUUUUGUGGGAUUAUGGAACCAGAAAGCAAGACGUAAAUGCUCAUAGUGAUGUCGAAGCACCUUUGAGGCCUAUUUUUGCAGUUCCAUUUUGCAAACAAUAA